GGCCGCGCAUGCGCACCGCGGGUGUUUGUUGGCGUCUGCGAGUCGGCCUCAGUCGAGUGGGGGAAAAGGAGGAGGACGACGGAGGGAGAAGCUUCAACUUCCGGCGGAGGCCCAGCGACGAGGCCUUCCUUGGCAGCCCUCCGGCGUCGCGCUGAAUGGGGCGGAGAGGGACUCAGCCGCUCCCGCUGCUGGAAACCAGGCGCCUCUCGGGGCGGUGAAGGCCUCUCCUGGGCCGGAGAGCGAGGCUCAAGGAAGGAAAGGGCGCCCACGUUUCCCUUCGGGGGCCCGGCUGGGUAAUAAGAGAAACGGCACAAGGCACCACGAAGACCCGCAAAACGCCGCAGGAACACGACAAAACGCCACAUCCAUACACAAAACCCCACAUAGAUACACAAAAUACUGCAAAACCCCACAUAAAUGCCACAAAACCCCACAUAAAUACACCGAAUACUCCGAAGCCCCGCUGCCUGAGGCGUCCGUGGCCCCAUUUGUGGGGAGCGUGGGAGGUGGACACGGAGGAGCAUGGAGGCGGUGGUGCGUUGUUGCUGAGGAUCAGCAGAGGGCCCCUGUGGCCUUUCCGGACCCAGCCAUGAAGCGCUACCUCCCUGUGGCCCGGCAGCACUUCCUGGCGGCCCUGGCCAGCACCAGCGUGGUGGUGAAGUCGGUCUGCGCCAUGGUGCUGCUGCUGUACCUGCUCUCCUUCGCGGUGGACACGGCCUUUGGUCUUGGGGUGACGCCCGGCUACCUCUUCCCACCCAACUUCUGGGUCUGGACGCUGGCCACCCACUGCCUGGUGGAGAGGCACGCCUGGGACGUGGGGCUGAGCCUGGCCACAGUGGUGGCGGCGGGGCGGCUGCUGGAGCCCCUCUGGGGGGCCCUGGAGCUGCUGGUCUUCUUUGCGGUGGUGAAUGUCUCCGUGGGGCUCCUGGGGGCCUUUGCGUACCUCCUCACCUACAUGGCCUCCUUCAACCUCUCCUACCUGUUCACCGUCCGCAUCUACGGCAUGCUGGGCUUCCUCGGCGGGGUCUUGGUGGCCCUCAAGCAAACUAUGGGCGACAGCACCGUCUUGAAGGUGCCUCAGGUGCGGAUGAAGGUGGUCCCCAUGCUUUUGCUCCUGGUCCUGGCCGUCCUGAGGUUGACCACGCUGGUCGAGAGCAACGUCUUGGCCUCCUACGGGUUUGGGGUCCUCUCCAGUUGGGUCUAUCUCCGUUUUUAUCAGAGGCAUAGCAGAGGACGGGGCGACAUGUCAGACCACUUUGCGUUCGCCACCUUCUUCCCGGAGAUCCUGCAGCCGGUGGUUGGCUUCCUGGCUAAUCUGGUGCACAGCCUCUUGGUCAAAGUGAAGGUCUGCCGGAAAACGGUGAAACGGUAUGACGUUGGUGCCCCGUCCUCUAUCACUAUCAGCUUGCCUGGAACAGAUCCCCAGGAUGCUGAACGAAGGAGGCAGUUGGCUCUGAAGGCUCUGAAUGAACGGUUGAAGCGUGUGGAAGACCAGUCAGCAUGGCCCAGCAUGGAAGAUGAAGAAGAAGAAGAAAGCAUUAAAGCCGAUACUCCAUUGCUAUCAGAGAAGAGUCGGGACACUCUAACAGGAGGAAAAGCAGCCAGCCAGGAAUCCAGCCUCAUAACUUUUGAAGAUGCCCCCUCACAGUUGUGACCAUGAAACACACCUGCUCUCCUUCUCUGCCUGCUCCUAUAUGUCAGAGCUGCUAAUGAUCCCUCAUGUGCCCUCCCUCACAGCACUGCCUGCUUUGCAGGAAACAAAACACUAUGCCUACUGGCCUAGAAAGGCAGUGUCCUUCCUUCCAGCAUUUAUUAGCCACAUGUGGCAGAGCCCAGGUCUCAGGACUCUUGGGAUGAAAACUGUUGACUGACGCACAGACCUGGAAUUAUGUUUCUUCUCUUCAGAGGGGUACUUGAAACUGAUUUUUUUUUUCAGAAUUGGCAGACAAAGAGGGAGAUCCACAUCUCCUCAGCUUAACAAAGAACAUCCAGCUGAAUAAAAAAGCCCUAUAAAAUCAGACCUGACCAGUAGUUGCCACUGUGGCUAUUAAGUUAUCUGUGCUUGUGUCUGGCUCCUUUCGGUGGCAUUUCUGUGUAGGGCCCUGAACUGCCCAGCUUGGUGAGUUCCCUCCUGCUUUUGGAGUUUAAAUGCCAAACUGUUCUGUGAGCUUCACCAGGUUGUGAACACAGCAAGCUCAGCAAGUGAUAUGUGGCACUUUCCCUCUUGAUUUAAUUUUGACUUAGUGACAGUGUUUAGCAAAUCAUAGCUUCCCCUUUUCCUCCUAGAGUUGGUUUUGUUUUUGAUUAAAUGAGCAAGCACUUUCUUAUGAAAAUCCUUUGUGGUAUUAACCUUCCUUCAUCUUCAUAGAAAAGGUAACUCUGGUGAGCCCUACCAAAACAAGCUGCUGGAUUAGACACUUGCUGGACCCAGCAGUUAAAAACAUUUUAGUAAUAGCAUAACCACUUGGGUCCAUCUCUUUUUCAGCAGUGAAAAAAGGGUUUAGGGAUUCAGAGCCGCUUGCUUCUAGUGUGAGGAGAAGCGUUUCUCAGAUUUUCUGGAGGGACUACUAGAGGAAACUAAUUUUUAUUUUGGUUCUUUUGCCUUUGGUUUUUCUUCAUUUCCCUUUGCAGUGAUUAAAAUGUCAAAGCAAUCUCUGUCUUAGGUGGGGUGCCAUUGCAUUCCAAUUAUUGGGAUGAACUUUUUGCUAAGUAGAAUAUAUGUUGCUGGUUUGUUUUUAAAGGUGCUUUUUGGGUAGGACUCUUGACAAUUCUCUGAUGCCUCCUUUUUUCUUUUUGGUUAGAUCAUUAGCUUCUUUCUCUCCUUUGGAAUGAGAUUUUUUUUCUUUUUUUCCCCUUUUUUUGGUAGGGCAGCAAGCCCUAAAUAUGUACAACACUGAUUCUAGCCCCCAAAGGUACACUUUACCCACAUUGAGGACUGGGUUAGGGGACACUUGACAGAAUGGGAAGAGUGUGAGAUCACAUUGUGAUAAUUUUUUAAAAGGACCACAUGAAUUUUUGUCAACCAGGAAAUAAACACAAAUUUCAUUAUCAAUAAACAGUUCUUUCAAAAAAAAAAAA